AUGAUUAAAGAGAACCAGUUUGGAUUCAUGCCGGGAAGAUCAACCACCAAGGCGAUUCAUCUUUUGAGGAGACUGAUGGAAAAGUAUAGGGACCGAAAGAAGAAUUUGCAUCUAGACAUAUAUGACAGAGUUUCGACUAACAUUCAAACACCGGUGAAUAUUAUAGAGACUUUCACAAUUAGAGUGGGCCUACAUCAGGGACCAGCAUUUAUUCCUUUCAUUUUUACGGUCAUUAUAGAUCAAAUCUAUAAAUCCAUCAGGGACACAGUACCAUGGUGCAUGUUUUUCGCUGACGACAUUGUUUUGGCCGCAGAAACUGAGGAGGAGGCUAACAGUAAAUUGGAAGAGUGGAGAGAAGCCUUGGAGGGUAAGAGGUUGCACAUAAGCCGUAUGAAGAUAGAAUACUUGCAAUGCGACUUCAGUGGGACAGAAUCGAUAGGGAAGCCAGAGGUGACCAUAAGGAGAGAAGUUGUUGCAUGUACGUCAAAGUUCAAAUAUUUGGAAUCAGUGAUUCAGAGUAAUGGGGAGAUUAAUGGAGACGUUUCUAAUCGUAUACAGGAUAAGAAACCACGAGUUCAGGGAGAAGUUAGGGUUGCACCUCUCUCUGCAAAGAUGCAGAAGAACAGGUUGAGAUGGUUUGGCCAUGUGGAGAGAAAGACCCAUGGCAUCCCCGUAAGAAGGAUCGAAUACACCAUAGUGGAGGGCAAGAGAAGCCGGGAAAGACUUAGGAGAACGUGGGAGGAGCAGAUUAAAAGUAACCUGCACGAACUUCACCUCUCUAAGGACCUGACUAUGGAUAGGGCCAGUUGGCGGCGCCUUAUUUAUGUCUUAGAUUACUUGACAUGUCCCUCUUAA